UGCGCGCUGUACGUGGGCAUCAUGGUGGUGGAGAAGGUGCUCAUUACCGGCCUUUUAGCCUUCCAAUUCUGGUCCAGCGUCAGGGAUCUUAUCCUGGCCCCCAUAACCGAUCCUCAAGUGCGCGUGGCGGUGGUCGUGCUAGUCAUUCCAUUCUUUGUUAAUGCACUUAUCUUCUGGGUAACAGACAACUUCUUGAUGCUGAAGGUGCGACAAAUACACAAUGACAGCGUAGAGAGUGGAUACAGUGAAGUCUCCACCUCCGGCUCAGCUAGGGGAUUCUCAAAGGUCCGUUACAAGAGACAUGACGUUCAGCAGGAGGACGAGUCUGACAUCCUCCUGUCGUCAUCUUCAAAUGACGACGAGCUCCUCGGCAGAAAUGAAAACCUUCAGGAACGUCAUGUGAGCCGCACCCUGACAUAACUGCGGCAUGACUAAGGCCUUAAAGAUGUAGUAGUUAUAAGGGUUUUACUAAGAGAACGGCUUGUUCCUUGACAGUGGUUUUAUUUAUUUAUUUAUUAAUUAUUAUUGUUAUUAUUAUUAUUAUUAUUAAUAUUAUUAUUAUUUUUAUUAUUAUUAUCAUCAUUAUUAUUAUUAUUAUUAUUGUU